UUAUAAUAUUUAUGUUGGAAGUUACCACAACUUCGAAUUUGGGUUCGAAAGGGUAUUUUUUAACAAAGACGUAUUCAUUUUGAUGGUAUUAAGCUAAUAACAUAUUAUUCCUGUAUAAACACGGUAUAACCCAGUUGAUAAGGAAAUUAAAACAAAAUCAACCAAUUAAGUGUGCGUGAGUAGUCAUUUACAGGAGCUCGGUGUGUAUAGACAAUGUAUUUAAAAAUAAUUUUAAUUAUUUUCGCGGCGAGAGCACAAUCAGAAAUAAUAAUAGAUGAUGAGAAGAUAGAAUCGCUUUGCAAGAAAAAUACGUGUUUAAAUAAAUGUUGUAGGAAAGACGAAUAUGUGAGUGAUAUAGUUUUAGGUGAACCUCCUAUAUGUGUGAAAUAUGAUGGUGAGAAGAAAUUGGACUUUUCUGACGUACAAUUGUACGAUGAUGAUGAUCAUUGGAGACCGGUUACCAAAAAAUUUGGAGACACGUUUUUACUGAAGCAAGGGUUGUUACUAAAUGAAACCUUCGCGGAUAAUUGUGGAGUAGCGGAACUGGUUGAUUUGAACAGUUAUUUAAGUCAGAGUGGUAUACUAUAUUUGGAGUUUCCGAACAAUUACAAAAGAUGGACGCCAAUACAAUCAGAAUUUUGUUUGGACUAUGCCAACGGAACAAUUGUGUUCUGGACUAUCUUUCCAAGUUCAAUCCAAUACAGACACGUUUAUAUUACUAAUGCCCUUAUCACAUCGUCGUUCUUCCUGGCUCUACUACUCAUUGUGUACGCGAUCCUACCAGAGUUGAGAAAUAUAGGCGGGAUGGUACUCAUGGCAUAUGUGUUCAGUUUGAUGGUCGCCUUCCUCGGCAUGGCUACGAUACAGAUUGAUGAAUUCGAAAACGAUACUUGCGUGAAUCUAACAAUCGUUAUCUACUUCUUCUUCUUGGCUGCGUUUGCGUGGAUGAACGUUAUGUCUUUCGAUAUCUGGUGGACAUUCCGGGGCUACGCGAAAGCUCGUCCAAUCCAUCGCAGAGGAGAAAACUUCAAGUUUUGUAUGUACUGUAUUUAUGCUUGGGGAGUUCCCUUAGCAAUGACUUUAGCAUUUAUGAAGGUAAAUGAAGCAGAUCUGAGUGACCAGCCGUGGAUUGUCAAGCCUCUUGUACCGGAAAAUGGAUGUUUCUUACAAGAUGGGCAAAAGUUAGUAUACUUGUACUUUCCUAUGCUGAUAAUGAUUUCUGGAAACUGGGUGUUUUUCGGCAUGACGACAUUCAACGUGUGGCGAUUAAGGCGAGGCACUCAAGUGCUCAACUCUCCAGCUGCUGGUAACCCGGCAGCUCACCGAUCACAGAAACGGAGGUAGGUAAAUGCACGCACUUGCGAGCCCUUUGACAAUGUAAGUAUCUAAGGACAGCGCGGCGGUAUCACGUAACACCAGGUCAGCCAGUGCCCGUUUGCCCCGUAUUAUAUAAAAAAAU